AUGUCUUUUCAAUUCGGCUUCACAGCCGAUGUUGGAAGCGAUGACGAUGAAGCCGUCCCACUGCACGAUGUGCGGGACUCCGCUGCAGUCGAUGGGCCGGAGAUUCCAGCAGCCAUGCACAAAUUGGAAGAUUUGCUUGCACACUUGCCGGAAAGACUGAGCUACAGUACGAUUCGCAUUGCCUCACCAAUGGGAAAGUGUGUUUCCCUACCGCGCCGCGAACUUUUUGACAUAAAACUCCAACUACUCCAAGACAUCUCGGCGGACAACGAUCGCGUGGUGGAGCAGAUCGAUAAAUCUGAUCUUCGCUCAGGCAUUUAUGAAGGUGGUUUCAAGACGUGGGAAUGUUCGAUCGAUCUUGCGAGCCUGCUGUUGGACAGAGGUCCACGCAAAGACAUUGAUGAGCUGACGCAAUGCGAUCAGAUCGUUGAGUUGGGAUGUGGAACGGCAUUGCCCAGCCUCACCCUGUUUCAGCAUGCACUUUUGAACAACAUGGAAGGCUUGACUUUCACGUUCGCGGAUUUCAAUGAGGAGGUCUUGCGGCUGGUCACAAUACCCAACGUUCUUCUCACCUGGGCUGCUUGUACUGAGAACAGUGGCUACCCAAACCCGGAUUCUGCUAAUAACAGCGAAGAUCAAGAUCUUGAGGUCACCGCCGACCUCAUCAAACGAUUCAUAGCAGACCUCUUGGCCAGGAAUAUCAAGCUCAAUUUCUUAUCUGGACCGUGGUCAUCUGCCUUGGCCAAAUUGAUCCCAGAGUCGGCGCCCGAUGGGGGAUUUGUGGUCCUCGCUGCAGAAACCAUCUAUAGUCCAGCAUCAACGGACGCCUUUGUGGAUCUGCUCAUACUGCUGCUCUCACGGGUCAAGAUGGCCAAAGCGAUGAUCGCGGCGAAACGAAUGUACUUUGGCGUCGGAGGCUCGGUCGAUGGCUUGAAAGAGGCUUGCCGGGAAAGGGGAGCAGUGGCUUACGAGAUCGAGAAUCAUGGGGUCUCUGGAAUGAAUGGUGGCGUAGGUCGAGCAUUGGUCGAGGUUCAGAUGUUUUGA